AUGUGUGCUCAACGAACAACAUCUAGUGACAGUACUUCAAAACAUGGUCUUAUACUUCUUGGAAAUUCGGGUGUAGGCAAAUCAUUUUUGGGAAAUGUUAUUCUAGGUCGAGAUGUUUUCGAACAUGAAUGUUCUUCAGGAAGUGUGACCCAUGAAACAGAAUUUGAAGAUUAUGCUGUUGGUAAUGCAUCAUAUGCUGUUUUUAAUAUUCCAGGUCUCAUCGAAGCUGAUCAAGAAGCUGUGGAUCGAAAUAAAGCCGAGAUUUACAAGGCAUUCCAACAGCGACCUGAUUCUGUCGUUGCAUUUGUCUUCGCGGGAGGGUCAGGUGGCCGUAUCCGUGAUGAAGAUAUCAUUGCUUUCAAGGCCAUAAACAAUGUUUAUAAAUUUCAAUCAAAAUCUUUGCUUUUGAUUGUCAAUGACCUUCCACCUCGUCGUCCCCCUAAAUACGAAGGUGGAACCUUGAUCAAGUUAGAACACCAUCUUGGUAUUCAACAUAUUCAAGUCUGUUUUCUGGAUCGGAUCAACAACACAGAUGAAGAUGAACGAGAACAAAUGCGCGCAAAAUUAUUUGAUGCAAUUAUUCGAUGCACACCUAUUACCCAUAAGAAAGAUGGUGAUAUUCAAUUGAAUGUUGAUGUACUAAAACAGCUGACAGAUGAAUCCAAGGCGCAACAGAAAACGUUUCAAGAACAACUCGCCAAACUGCAAACGGAAAUCGAUGCUCGACAAAAAGCAUUCGAUGAAUAUAAAACACAGCAGGCACAGCAACCACGUGAAAUACAUCAUAUUCGUGAAACAUUUACUGACCGGCAGAGUGGUUUUAGCUGUACACUCUCAUAA